AUGAGGAUGUCUCGCGUGAAUUUGCCGGAAAUUGCGAACCCAAAGCUUUUUUCGCCCCAAAUUUACGACCGAUAUCCCUUAAAAUAUGAAGAACAGAUUAAAAUUCUUCAAAAAGAACGGCUUCACUUGGAGGAGCUCGUCUAUGAUAUCGAUAACGCGCAGAUUUUGCAGUAUAUGGAUUCUAACGGUGAAAUUGACAUCAAACGGAAAUUGCUGGGCGAAUACGCUUUGUACCGGGCAAAAUCCAGUACUCAAGAGACAGAUUUUGUUGAGCAGUUAAUCCGAUGGCAAUUGGAUUUGUCAAAAUCACGUAGUCAGGACUUUACAUCAAGAGAAAAGCAGCAGAGAAUGGUUUACGAGACUCUGCUUAGUGUACUGGGAAGUCAAGCUUUUGAGGAAGUCGUAGCACGUCAGUCUGAUGAUUCCUCAAACGUACACAACACUUUUCAAACUAACGACCCCAGUCACAGCAUAUCGAGAAUAGACUCUUCACAUGCACAAGUCGACGAAGUGACGUCUUAUCUACUGUCCAGUGCCCUUCAAAAGGGUAUAGAUUUGAAACCAGAGUCGCAACGGCACAGUGGAGACCAAAAUGAUGUGUCGUUUCUCAAAGAAUGUAUCGAUUCGAUUUUGGAGGGCUACUCGAGUGGCAACAACAACCAGGGUAAAACCCUCGAUGACGAAAAAUCGUCUUCGGAACUCGAACUCGCGCUAAAAGAUCUCAGACUGGCACAUAGUUAUUUGACACGAAGGUUUGAAAACGAUCGUAAUGAGCACUUGCGAAGCAUCGAUCAACUCACCAAAACAAAUGAAGAGCUUUCACACGAGCUUCUGGCGUUUCAUUCGAAAUUCAGAAACAUACAGACGAAAUAUUCGGAACUCCAAAAAGAGACUACUCAGCUUGAGGAGAAAUUAAGAUUGAAUUCGCUAACGUCAUUGAGCUCGCCGGAAGCGGACGCCAGCUCUUUGAAUAGCGUUGGUAGUAACGGGGGCAGACCGCAGUCAUUGGCGAUCAUGCGAAAAGAAUUCAAGAAAGUCCUGAGUGAGACGCAAAGAAAAUACGAAACCGAGCUACGCGAGGAGCGUGAGUUAAGAAGAUCUUUAGAACGAGAAUUGGCUUCCCAACAGCAAUAA